CCUGUAUAAAUAGCCUUCUUCUACCCUUCCCCAUCCCACGCAGAAACACAACUUAUCUCAGUUUCUUCUUCUGUUCCUUUUUUAUAGCAUUACAUUUUUAAAAAAUGGCUUCUUUUGCUCUUCAUUGUGUUCUGAAACUGUUCCUUUUAGUCUCUGUCUUCCAUGUCUCUUUUGCUGCUAGAAUGCUCAAUGAGCUAGUGCAAGAUCAGUCUCAGCUCUUGAGUUACCACAAUGGUCCUCUUCUUUCUGGUAAAAUCUCCAUCAACCUCAUCUGGUAUGGCAAAUUCAAGCCAUCCCAGAAAGCCAUUAUCUCAGAUUUUAUAACGUCAUUGUCAACUCCAUCUUCCCAAAAUGACCAGCCCUCUGUUGCUGCCUGGUGGAAAACCACCGAGAAAUACUACCACCUCGCGACUUCCAAAAAGUCUACCCUUUCCAUUGCUUUGGGCAAGCAAAUACUAGAUGAGACAUACUCGCUAGGAAAAUCACUCGCAAACAAACAGAUUGUUCAGUUGGCUUCAAAGGGUGAUCAAAUGAAUGCUAUUAAUGUUGUCCUCACAGCUUCUGAUGUUGCCGUUGAAGGGUUUUGCCUCAGUAGAUGUGGGACUCAUGGGUCUGCUUCUGGAUCCCAAACUGGUCACAUCAAGGGCAAGAACUACAAAUUUGCCUAUAUUUGGGUUGGUAAUUCGGAGACUCAAUGCCCUGGUUACUGCGCCUGGCCAUUCCACCAGCCAAUCUACGGACCACAGAGCCCACCCUUGGUUGCGCCCAACAACGAUGUGGGUCUUGAUGGCAUGGUAAUCAACUUGGCCAGCCUUUUGGCUGGGACUGCCACAAACCCAUUUGGAAAUGGAUACUUCCAGGGUCCAAAAGAGGCACCACUGGAGGCAGCAUCAGCUUGCACUGGGGUUUAUGGUAAAGGGGCUUAUCCGGGUUAUGCAGGAAACUUAUUGGUGGAUUCUACUACUGGUGCUAGCUACAAUGCGAAUGGAGAUAAUGGUAGGAAGUACUUGCUUCCUGCUUUGUAUGAUCCUUCAACAUCUUCUUGUUCAACUUUGGUCUAAAAAUGUUGAAGGUAGUGGGAGUAGGAUUUAUCAUUCUUAGAUUAACAUCAUUAGUGGAAUUAUAUACGCUACACAUAUAUAGAGACUGCGAGAGACGUUGUACGUAA